UGGGAAGGAGUUGAAGGGGAUAGCGAUGAGAUCUAUCAGGGUCGGGAAGGAGACGAGAUCAUGAUGGGGGGUAGUCGAAGUUGGGAUUGGGAGUUGGGAUGGAGACGAGGUCGGGGAUUGGGAGGGAGUCGAGGACGUGAUGGGUCAGGACCGGAGAGAGUCGGGCUCGGGAUUGGGAGGGAGUCAAAAUCGGGAUGGGAGGGAGUCGAAGUUGGGAUUGGGAAGGAGUUGAAGGAGAUAGAGAUGGGCUCUAUCGGGGUCGGGAGGGAGACGAGAUCGGGAUGGGGGGUAGUCGACGUUGGGAUUGGGAGUUGGGAUGGAGACGAGGUCGGGGAUUGGGAGGGAGUCGAGGACGUGAUGGGUCAGGACCGGAGAGAGCCGGGCUCGGGAUUGGGAGGGAGUCAAAAUCGGGAUGGGAGGGAGUCGAAGUUGGGAUUGGGAAGGAGUCGAGGUCGGGAUGGGUGUGGGAAGGAGUUGAAGGAGAUAGAGAUGGGCUCUAUCGGGGUCGGGAGGGAGACGAGACCGGGAUGGGAGGUAGUCAAAGUUGGGAUUGGGAGUUGGGAUUGGGAGGGAGACAAGGUCGGGGAUUGGGAGGGAGUCGAGGUUGUGGUGGAUCAGGAUCGGAGAGAAGCGCGAUUGGGAGGGCGUCGAAACCGGGAUGGGGGAAGGUCGAAGUUGGGACUGGGGGGGGAGUCGAGGACAAAAUGGGGGCGGGGGGGGAGUCGAAGGAUCGGGGUGAAGAUCAGGAUGGGAUAGACAACAACGGGGGAUUAGUAGCUCUCACUCAACCAGGGCUUCGUCUUCGAAAUCUAGAGCUCG